AUGGUCGUGCUAACUGAUAAUCACUUCGACUUCAUUGUUGUUGGAGGUGGAACUGGAGGCAACACAGUUGCCGGCCGUCUUGCUGAGAACCCCAACGUGAAAGUCCUGAUCAUCGAAGCCGGACCCGAACACAACAAAGACAUCCCCGAAAUCCAGACUCCAGCACGAGCUUUCGAGCUCCGUGGAAGCCAAUAUGACUGGGCUUAUAAAACUACCAUGAUCGACCGCGAAGAUUAUACCCGAGUAGAAAAGCCCAACACUCGUGGGAAGGUCCUAGGAGGCAGUAGUGCUCUUAACUACUACACCUGGAUUCGAGGUAGCAAAGCUACUUUUGACGAUUGGGAGAAAUAUGGUGGUCAAAGCUGGACUUGGGAUAACUGCAAGGAGCAUUUUGACAAGCCAGCCAAUUACCACGAUGAUAGUCAUCUGUAUAAUCCAGAUUUGGCGAAACACGGUCGUAAUGGUCCACUUGAUGUUGCCAUUUCUGACAUGGUGCCUGAACUCGAGCCAUUCCGUAAAGCAUUGUCUAGCGCGUGGGUCAGCAAGGGAGGAAUCCUUAAUGACGAGAUCUACGAUGGAGAAAUGCACGGAUUGGCUCGUUCCAUGAAUACUAUUUACAAAGGUGUACGCUCUACAUCUGCCCUCUUCCUCGAAGGAAAACCAAACAUCACUAUUCUCGGCCACACCCACGCCAAACAAAUUCUCAUUGAAGAUGGAGCCGCAACCGGAGUCGUAGUAAUUACAGCUGAAGGCAACGAACUGACCAUUCGAGCCAAGAAGGAAAUCAUCGUCUCAUCUGGCGUAUAUGAAACUCCCAAACUCCUCAUGUUAUCUGGAAUCGGUCCAGUCGAAGGUCUUGCUCCUCAUGGAAUCGACGUCAAGGUCGAAUCGCAACACGUUGGAAAGAAUCUUCUCGACCACCCCAUCAUGCCGCACGUUUUCAGGCUCAAAGACGGCCUAGGGCUCGAUGAUCAUCUCCUACGAGCUGGUCCCCAACACGAUGGUGCUAUCAGCGCCUACCGAAAGAACAAGAGUGGUCCAUACAGUAGUGGUCUUCUCGAACUCGUCGGUCUGCCUCGUAUCGACGAAUAUCUAGCUACAAGCAAAGAUUAUGUCGCCGCCAAAAAAGCCAACAAUGACAUCGACCCCUUUGGACCAAGCGGCCAACCACAUUUUGAGAUUGAUUUCGUGCCCAUGUUUAGCGAUGCCUUCCAAUGGCACAUUCCUACACCACCUACGGGAUCCUGGCUUACCGUUAUCGUUGAUCUACUCCGUCCUCUCUCGCGCAAUGGUUAUGUAAAACUCAAUUCCACCAAUCCACUUGAGCAGCCAAUCAUCAACCUCAACUUCUUCUCCAACGAUUUGGACCUCAUCGCUCUGCGUGAAGGAUGUCGAUAUGUGGAUGAUAUCCUAAUGAACGGCGACGGAAUGAAAGAUAUCAUAGGGGAAGAUUAUCCAUGGCCCAUGCCCAGAAAUAGCGAUGAGGCUAUGAAUAAGAUGAUUUUAGAGAGAAGUCAGACUGGAUUCCAUCCCUGCGGAACCGCCCGCCUCGGGAAAUCCAUCGAGCAAGGUGUCGUUGAUCACGAACUUAGGGUGUUCGGUGUCAAGAAUCUUCGUAUCACUGAUGCAUCCGUCUUCCCUGUCAUUCCAGAUUGCCGAAUUCAGAAUGCUGUUUACAUGGUUGCUGAGAGGGGUGCUGAUUUUAUCAAGGCUGCUCAUCCGGAUCUAUACCAGUAG